GAAAAAGAACCCAUUUUUUUCAGUGCCAUGAUCGCUUACUAAGAACCCUUUUCCAUUGAUUUUUUGGCGAAGCAGUGCGAAAGAAUGCCUCCAAGAAGACGUGCGAAGAAGAAAUCUAAUACGAGAAAGGAUGCUGCCAUUGAUGCAAUGAAGCCAUAUGGGUUUCCUGUAGACGUUGUUCAAACAACCAUAAAGGAUUUGCUACAUGUUUAUGGGGAAGAUGGGUGGCCAUUCAUUGAAGAUUCUGCUUACAAGGUUUUACUUGAAGCCAUACUUGAAAAGGUAACCGGAGAAGGAACAAGUGAUCCUAAGGAACCAGUUGCUGAGACCUCAAGUAGAACUGCUCUUGUACCUGUAUGCUCUGAUGUGAGUCCACUUAACGCUGAAUUCCAAACCAGCAAUGGCUUUGAUGGUGCACCAGAGUUGAAUAAAACUUUGUGUAUAUCAAAACUGACAAAUGAAUCCGGUAACUAUCUCCUACCAGUCGAAGCCGAAGGCUGUAGCAAAAGAGAUGUUACAUAUCCUUGUGGUAACAACCACUCUACUCCACUUUAUGGUCACAACUCACCACCACUGCAAGGUGAUACCUUGACCACAAAGCGCAGGCCUUACUAUGGCUGGAUUGGCAGUGACGAUGAGGAAGAUAUCGUGGAGCUAACACCAGGACCAAUAGCUGAAGAAAUGGAAAACUUUCUUAAAAGUUUCAUGGUUCACAAGAAAAGAUGGGAUAUAAAGCCUGAUGAUAUGUAACACUGUUGUAAACUGUAAAUUCUAGAUGAAAAGCUUAUAUGUGUUUGUUAAGCUUUGGCCUGCAUUGCAACAAAAGACCAGCAGCAAAUUCAGCAAACUCAAGCUGCAACACUGUUUUGAAGUGCAGAAAUGGAGCUGGUCCGAAUGCAGCAACACAUUUUGAUUGUUUUGUUCCUAUGUAACCUUGUCUUGUUCCUUUGUAAUUUGAUAGCAAAGUUAGUAGGAUAUGUUGGCUGAUUUGUAUUGAUGUAAUUGCUGAUAUGUCAGCUUAUCUUUGUGUACAAGUUUAAGCUAGUUUUGUUUAUGUAUUAAGUGGGAGCAGUUAAACCAUUACGUAACUGACAAAUUACUUUUGUAACUCUCAUGUAUCUUUCAAAAAUUGAAUGAAAAUUAGAUGAAGUUUUCAGUUA